AUGGAGAAGAGAAUCAAACUCAAAGACGAAGUUCUGUUGCAACAUCCAUAUCUCCUCCUCCUCGUUCUUGCUUUGGGCAUGAUUGUCAUGGACCCUUUUAAAAUGAGUCCAAUAGGAGGCAUUGACUUCAGGCCAGUGAAGAAUGACAUUGCACCAUACAAGCAAGUCAUGGAGAAUUGGCCUAGAGACAACCAGAGCAGGUUAGGACAAGGGAACUUGGAGUUUGAGGACGAAGUUUUUGGCCCCGAAUCGCUUGAGUUUGAUAUCCGGGGGCGUGGCCCCUACUCUGGGCUAGCUGAUGGCCGCAUUGUGAGGUGGAUGGGUGAAGAUGGAGGGUGGGAAACAUUUGCAGUCGUUACUCGAAACUGGUCAGAGAAACUGUGUGCUAAAGGAAAGGACUCGAGCACGGCCAAGCAAUGGAAACACGAGGCUAAGUGUGGCCGCCCCCUCGGCCUGAGAUUCGACAGAGUGAGUGGUGAUUUGUACAUAGCAGAUGCUUAUUAUGGCCUCCUGGUUGUGGGGCCUGAAGGAGGUGUUGCCACUCCUUUGGCCACCCAUGUGGAAGGGAAGCCUAUACUCUUUGCUAAUGACCUUGACAUCCAUAAGAAUGGCUCCAUUUUCUUCACAGAUACAAGCAAGAAGUACAACAGAGUGAAACAUUUCUUUAUAUUGUUAGAAGGAGAAGACACUGGUAGGCUACUUAGAUAUGAUCCUCCAACAAGAACAACUCAUGUUGUGUUGGAUGGCUUGGCUUUUCCAAAUGGAGUACAAUUAUCUAAAGAUCAAUCCUUUCUUCUCUUCACUGAGACUACCAAUUGCAGGCUAAUGAAAUACUGGCUAGAGGGUCCAAGAACCGGCAGCAUCGAGGUCGUUGCAGACCUACCGGGCUUCCCAGACAACGUUAGGCUCAACGAAAAGGGUCAGUUCUGGGUGGCGAUAGACUGUUGCCGGACUAAAGCACAGGAGGUUUUUGUUCACAACCCUUGGAUGAGGAGCAUAUACUUCCGGCUGCCUGUUAGAAUGAGGUACUUGGCCAGGUUUGUGGGCACGAGGAUGUACACAGUGGUGUCACUCUUCAAUGAGAAGGGGGAGGUUCUGGAUGUUCUAGAAGACAAGAAGGGGAAAGUGAUGAAGCUAGUAAGUGAAGUGAGGGAGAGGAAUGGGAAGUUGUGGAUUGGGACUGUGGCUCAUAACCACAUUGCCACCCUCCCUUACCCUUAAAAAAGCAUUGUUCAUUUU